AUGAACUUCUUCAAAUCCAAGCCGCGCACCCCACCAGAUCUUGUCCGAGGGCUGCGAGACGCACUCCCCAAGCUCGAUGCGGGGCCGCCAGGAACGGAGAGCAGGAGAAAGAAUCUCCAGCAGAUCAAAGCGAUCUUGUAUGGUGAUGGCGACCCGCUACCAGAACUGGUCGCACAGCUAGCCCAAGAGGUCUACGCCACAGAUCUUCUAUACCAGCUAUUGCUGAAUAUUCGCCGGCUCGAAUUUGAGGCCCGCAAGGAUGUUGUCCAGAUAUUCAACAACCUGCUUCGACGGCAGAUCGGUGCCCGCUUCCCGACGGUGGAGUACCUGAACACUCAUCGAGAGGUCUUGUUCGCUGCGUUCGAUGGGUACAGGGAUGAGGACGUGGCGUUGAACACAGGCAUGGUUCUUCGUGAGAUGCUCCGGCACGAGCCGCUCGCACGAAUACUGCUGCACUCUGACCAAUUUUAUACGUUCCCUCAUUAUAUUGAGACGACGACGUUUGGCGUUUCCUGCGAUGCAUUUGCGAAUCUCAAGGAGACCCUCACGCGCCACAAGACAAUGGUUGCAGAAUACCUGGACAAGAAUUAUGACCGAUUCUUCAAUUCUUUCACCACGUUGAUCAUGUCAAACAACUACGUCACGAAGCGACAGUCACUCAAGUUGCUCGGCGAGAUCCUCCUUGACCGAGCUAACUUCACAGUGAUGACACGCUACAUCGCUAGCGAGGCUAACCUGAAGAUGAUGAUGAACUUGCUCAGAGACAAGAGCAAGAACAUCCAAUUCGAGGCUUUCCAUGUAUUCAAGGUCUUCGUGGCAAACCCCAAGAAACCGCCACAGAUAGAGACCAUCUUGCGGCGGAACAAGGACAAGCUGCUGGCUUUCCUGAAGACCUUCCACAACGACAAAGAGGACGAGCAAUUUACGGACGAGAAGCAGUUCCUAAUCGUUCAGAUACAGAGCCUCUGA